AUGCGGCGCCAGCGGCGUUCGUGCAUGCGUUUGGAUGCAGGGUGGAACCGGGGGUACGUAUGCCUUUUUACCCUUUGUGUAUUUUCGUUGUCUUCAAAAUCUUGCCCAAGACCAACCGUUGGCUUGGAUUUCCGUGCCAUUCGGUCCCGUACCGCAAUUACAGACCGCCACGGAAUGAAUCAUCCCGCCCGGCCUCGUCCGGUAGAUCCAUCGCUUCCAGCCUCCAAGUCUGACGGUCCACCACCUGCCGCCGGUACGUGGCCGUCGUGCCCGUUCGUGCCCGUUGUGACCACAGCGUAG